GACCUUGUCCUACUGUAGUAUUCUACUGACAAGUCAAAAAGAUGCCAUCAUCGACUUCACCACCCAGGAGGAUGAGCAAGCAAACAUGAAAUAAUGUGCCUUGAGACGCAAACGAAGCGGUUUGGUCGUCAAGAUUGUGUCCUGCACUUUCUGCAUAAAUCAAAUACAAAAUAAAUCUGAAAUAGAAGAACCAGACAGUCUUACGUAGUCAACUUAAAUCACGAUGAAACUUGUCCUCCUUUCCAGUGUUGUUGCGACCGCCUCGGCCUUCGCGCCAAUGUCCGCCAUCUCAAUCAAUACCGCGCUUCGCUCGUCCACUGAAGAGCAGCUUGAGGUCUCCGCCGUGGAAGAAGUUGAAGCUGUCCAAGAAGUUGUUGCUCCUACACCCAUCAAUGGAUGGGUUCCGGACGAAGGUCUUCCAUGCUACGGACUUCCCGGAGCUAUUGCACCCACUGGAUACUUCGAUCCUAUCGGAUUCGCUCGUGACGGCAUCACCCUCAACGAAGUGAAGCGCAACCGUGAGGCCGAAGUUAUGCACGGACGUGUUGCAAUGCUGGCCUGUGUUGGAUACCUAGCCGGAGAAGCCACCGGAGGUCCAUUUGGUUUGGUUGGACCGGCUAACGACCAAUUACAGCAGGUUCCUCUUCCUGCAUUUGCUCUGAUGACCGUCGGAAUCGCCGCCGCCGAACUCAACAGAGCACGAAUUGGAUGGGUUGAACCAAACUUUGGUUCCUGGUCAUCCACUUUGUGGAAAUUGCGAGAAAACUACUAUCCUGGGGACAUUGGUUUCGAUCCUCUUGGUCUCAAACCAACCGAUGCCAAGGCUUUCCGAAACAUGCAGACACGGGAACUCCAAAACGGACGACUGGCGAUGCUUGGUGCUGCCGGUAUGUGUGCACAAGAACUCGUCAACCACAGGACUAUCUUCGAAACGAUCGAAUUCUACUCGAAGGUAUACAGUGGGGAAAAUCCGUACGCUGCUUGUGGUGAGGGUAUCAUCUGUUAACACAGUAGAAAAACAUAAAUCUGUAAUCAUAGA